GUAAACGCCAGUAUCUCGCCUGAGGGAGUGCGCGAGGCACGUCAUUUCCCUGGAAGCCGCGCGCUCCUCACUUGUGUUUGUGUCAUGUAGCUCUGCAACAAUACAGAUCCUAACGCAAAAGUGUUUCACUACACUUGGGGAACAAUAAUUUCGAUAGGAUUAACAUUUUAAACUGGAAGAAAUAAUAUGUGACUACUGGACUGAAACUCGCUGGCAAUAAUGCGGAUACAGAUCUAUAUCAGUGUCACUGUCUUGAUCCUGACCUACAAAUCCGCCUCAGAGGCUGUGAGUCGUCCGUCUCCUCCUGCGAGCGUGUCGAUUCAGUGCGACAGCUAUGGAGUCGAAGUUCGAUGGGAAUAUCCUGAUCUCGAUCAGGACGUCCAAUUCCAGGUGAAGGUGAUACACGAUUACAAUGAAAGGAACUCUAAUAUUACACAAAAACUUACACGAAGUCUGCAUCUAAACAUAUCCAGUAUGCUGUUUCAUCCAGCAUUCAACCGCUACAUUGUGACUGUGACAGCACUGCGAGGAGGAGAGGAGUCAGAGCCGACCCCAUCAGAUAUCUUCAGCUAUAAUAAAUAUGCUACCGCCAAUAUUAAGUGUUAUUUGGAUUUUCCUGAGGUUAAACUUUCUCCCAAAGAUGGCAAACUUCACGUCCAGUUCAUCAACCCUCUUCAGCUGUACAGAAACUCUCCAGCUCUGCGCGGCCUCACCGAUAAUCUGCAAUACUGUAUUGAAACAGAAGAGAGGAAUGAAACCUGUCAAACCUGUGAAAUAAAUCAAAAUACAUGUGAGACGUCCAUUGUGUUUUCUGAGAACAGAGGUGAAUACUGCGUCAAUCUGACUGGAAAGAUCAGACAGAGAUUUUUCAAUCUGAGAAGCAGCUGUUUCACAGGAGACUAUCCUCCGAUCACCGUGUACGUGUAUCCAGUUCUGGGAGUCGUUUUAACACUGCUGUUCAUGACUGCCAUCAUUAUGCUGCUAGUGACAAAGUGCAACUCGGAAAUAAAGAAGAAAAUUCUCCUUAUGUCGCCCAACGUUUUUGAUUUCGGUGAAACAAAAGGUGACAAGUGCAGAACUCUUAAAGUGGAACCAGAGCCUUGCAGCGCUGUGAAGAUCGAACCGGCCAAGAACACUAAAGAACAAGACCUGUUACUUAAGAUUGGUGAUGAGGAAUGGUCCUCCAGUUCCAAAGAUCUGAGUAGUGCUGACUCGGAAGUUAAAAACCCCUAUGGGCCUAAUGACCUUGUUGGAAGUGAACAGAGCGAUCUGUCGAACUUUUAUGACUGUCCACACUCUCCCAGAUAAGAAUAGGAGUCCCGGACAUAUGGUGGAGAGUUACCCAGCCUAAAUGCUUUCAGAGGUACAGAAGUGAAGGAAAGUACCUCAAAGACAGCAGAACCCCUGUACCUGUCGCCAGGGUGUGUUUUGGGAACACGUUGUGGGAUGGGCCUAAUCUUUCGAGUACAAGCCCUCGCGUGACAUCAUGAAAUGGAAUUCCCCCAGGUUUUCCGGUUUGUUGGCACAAUGGAAAAACGUGUUUGGCAUUUGUCUUCAUUGGCACUCCUUUUAUUCGAACCGAAACUCCUCAUACACUAAUACAUACAGGUUUUUUAAAUUCUCCUUAUUAUUUUUGAGAAUAUCUUUGUUCAUUAAUACUUAGAUUUUUCUACAUACUGUAGUAUUAUCUUCUAUCUGAACAGAGUCUCAUCCUGUUGCCUUGGAUAUUGAUAUUUUACAAUAUCUUUUAUAAGUGCUGCUCACUUCAUGUGGAUUUAUGCUGCGUUCUUGCACGUCUCAUCAGGAUUUACUUCCAUUGUGUUUUAUUUGGUUCUGUUGGAAAACUCACGACAACUAAUGGAUCCUUGCAUGGUUUUGUUGAGUUGAUUACAGAAAAAUACUUUAUUGUUACAUGUGACAUUACUGAUGCGACAUUGUAUUAUAGCUCACGAUACCUGGUGCAUAUUUACAAAAAAAAACAUUGAUAAUCAUGAAUAUUUCUUGAGUAUCAAAUCAGCAUAUAAGAAUAAUUUCUGAAGGAUCAAGACAUUGAAGACUGGAGUAAUGAUGCUGAAAAUUCAGCUUUGAUCAGAAAAAUAAAUUGAUAACUAUACUAUAUAUUAAUGUAGAAAGGGUUCUUUUAAACGGCAACAAUAUUUUUUAUAUAUAUAUACUUUUUACUGUAUUUUUGAUCAAAUGAAUGCAGCUUCGGUGAGCAGAAGAGACAGUUUCAAAAACAUGCUGUUGGUUGUUUUUGUAUGAUGUCUGAGCUUUUAAACCACUUUUCAAUCAUAAUUUCCAACAAAGACGUGAACGUUUUUGUCUACUCAGAGAAUGGCUGUAAUUCUGACACAAUGUGAACACUGAGCACAUGGUCAUGUAGCAGAUCUUCAGCCUGCUCAGGAACUUAAGAGGUCAAAAUUGUUUAUUGUUCAAAUCCUGUGAAUGGCACUGGUGCACUUUGCAUAACAAUCAUGGGAGAGGACAAGAGAUAGUAUGCGUUAAGUUUAAUUUAGUGCCACCUUUUAAAAUAAAAAGUGACUUUU